AACUGAGUAGGCAGUACUGGAGAGGCACUGGGAGCUCCUAAAGUCUUUGGGAGCAGGAGUCACCCGAUCUGAUUUUGGGAGUGUCCCCGGAUGGGGCGCGAGCAAACCGAAGUGCGGCCGCGCCAGCCUCGCUCCCUCCCUCCCGCGUCCGUCUCGGUCCCGGGCCGCCUCCGGGCCCGCCAAGCCCAGAGGCCGGAGUCUGUUCCAGAAAACUUUCCGCGGAGGCUCGCACUGAGCAUGCUCGGCGGCGGGGCGGGCCUGGGGUCCGGAAGCUGCCCCGACUCCGCCUGUACCCGCGAAUUUGGGGGUCGCUGGUCCCCGGCGGGCGAUGGGCACCCGGGGGCGCGCCACGUGGGUGCUGGCCGGGGGCCUCCUGGCCGCCGCCUCGGCGCUGCUCGCGGAGCCCGAGGACCGAGGACGGCCCCCCGCGGGCCCAGGCCCCUUCCGGCGCCCCCUCGGCGCGCAGCCUCCCGCGGGUGCCCCCGCGGCUCCCGGGGCGGGGCCCGAGCGCAGCGCGCAGGACUUGCCCCCUAUGAUGUGGCCCAGUGUGGAGAGCUCUCACUUUAAGACGACAGUGGACGCACCAUUUGGACUGAAAUUCAAUAAGAAAAUUGAGGUCUCGACCCCACCCAGGACUUCUGCAGCCACCAGUGGGUUGUGGCUUCAUCCCGUGUUUGCUUUUACAGCCUUCCUGCCCAGGAAGACCUUGUUUAAAAGAGAGUCUGCUGUAACACAUCUCUUGUAUGGGGACAUUUCAAGAGACAUUCAAGGAACUUCUGAGAAUGGAGUCAUUUUUCAGAAAUGUGCAGUGAGCGAGUGGCCGGUGGCCCACAUACAACUGCUGGUGAACAACACCAGGACGCCCGCGGCCGCCAACCUCUCUGAUCUGCUCCUGUUGGACAACAUCACUGGCCUGACCGUUAGGGAAUCGACUGGUAACCAGACCUCAAGAGGGUUCCAGGCUUUCAGGAAGAAGUUUCUGCAAGUCGGGGACUCCUUUUCGGUCAGCUACACAGCCUCGCUGGAGGUGGAAGACGUCGAGGGUGGAGAGGUCCUGAUGCUGCCUGCCCGGCUCUCCUUCCAGACUUCAUCCCCGAAUAGAAUACAGCUAGAAGCCCUUUUCACCAUAACAACAGAAGAAAAGGUAACGGUCCUGCCAAACCACGGCCUCCACGCGGCCGGGUUCUUCGUGGCCUUCAUCCUCUCCCUUCUGCUGACCUGGACUGCGCUUUUCUUCAUGGUUCGAUAUCGGUGUUUGAAGGGAAGCCUGCUUACCAGACAUCAGGGCCAGCAUCACGAGAGCAAGCUGGAGCACUCCCAGUUCACAGCGGAUGGUGUGAAUGAAGACCUUGCUCUGAAUGACCAAAUGGUAGACAUUCUGUCUUCAGAGGACCCCGGGAGCAUGCUCCAAGCCUUGGAAGAGUUGGAAAUUGCAACCCUGAAUCGAGCUGAUGCAGAUCUAGAAGCUUAUCGAACCCAAAUCAGCAAAGAUAUCAUUGCCCUUCUACUGAAAAAUCUGACCAGCCGUGGUCACCUCUCCCCUCAAGUGGAGAGGAGGAUGGGUGCUGUUUUCAAAAAGCAGUUCCUGUUGCUGGAGAAAGAAAUCCAGGAGGAGUAUGAUCGGAAGAUGGUGGCCUUGACAGCUGAGUGUGAUCUGGAAAUGAGAAAGAAGACAGAAAGCCAGUACCAGAGGGAGAUGGCGGCAAUGGAGGAAGCAGAAGAGGUGCUGAAACGUGUUAGUGAGAGGUCCGCCGCCGAGUGCAGCGGCCUCCUGCGGAGCCUGCACGGGCUGGAGCAGGAGCACCUGAGGACGUCGCUGGCUCUGCAGCAGGAGGAGGACCUGGCCAAGGCGCACCGGCAGCUGGCCACUUUCCAGAGAAACGGGCUGCACAGCAUCUUUUUCACCCAGAUAAAAAGCGCUAUUUUCAAAGGGGAACUGAAGCCGGAGGCCGCUAAACUGCUGCUGCAAGAUUACUCCAAAGCACAGGAGAAUGUAGAAGAGUUAAUGGACUUUUUCCAGGCCAGUAAGAGAUAUCAUCUAAGUAAAAGAUUUGGUCACAGGGAAUACCUGGUCCAGAACAUACAGUCAUCAGAGACCCGUGUGCAAGGCCUGCUCAGCACUGCUUCUGCUCAGCUGAGCCUCCUCAUCCAGAAACAUGAGAGGGCAGGCUACCUGGAUGAAGAUCAGAUGGAGGUGCUGUUGGAGCGGGUUCAGACAGAAGUCUUUUCUAUCAAACAGAAGUUGGACAAUGACUUAAAGCAGGAAAAGAAGAAACUCCACCAAAAAUUAAUAAUGAAGAGAAGACGGGAGAUGCUGCAAAAGCACCGGGAGCAGCGGAAGGAGCAGCUGUCCGUCGGCGAAGCCUUUGGCGCGGCCGAGGAUGCCGGCCGGUACCUGGGCCGGUGGCGGAGCCUGGUGGCCGAGCACAGCGCCGCCCUGGAGGAGCUGCAGGAGCACCUGGACCAGGCGGCCCUGGACGAGCUCAGGGCCCUGAGCCUCUCGCUGUCCGAGAGGGCCACGGAGGAGCUGCGGCGCCUGCAGACCUCGGCCGUGACCCAGGAGCUGCUCAAGCGCGGCGUGCCCUGGCUCUUCCUGCAGCAGAUCCUGGAGGAGCACGGCAGGGACCUGGCCGCCCGAGCCGAGCAGCUGGAGGGCGAGGAGCGGGACCGGGGCCAGGAGGGCGUCCAGGGCGUGAGGCAGAGACUGAAGGACGACGCUCUGGAGGCCGCCACGGAGGAGCAGGCGGAGCUGAGACGCUGGGAGCGCUUGGUCUUUAGGAAGCUCUGCUCCUCCCCCUUCUCCCUGUCCGAAGAGGAGCUGCUCCGCAUGAGGCAGGACGCUCACGGCUGCUUUGCUCAGAUGGACAGGACCCUGGCCCUCCCCAGAAUCCGGGCCCGAGUCCUGCUGCAGCGAUUCCAGACCGCGUGGCGAGAAGCAGAGUCCUCGAAGCUGGACCAGGCCCUGGCCGCCCCUGAGCUGCAGCUGCAGUCCAAGGCCAGAAAGCCGCGCUCCAAGAGCAAAAGCAAGAUAGACCUUCUGAAGAAGUGCAUUGAAGAUAAAAUUCAGCUCUUUGAGGAGCAGGCCCCCGAAGACCUGGCUGAAAAGGUCCGAGGAGAGUUGCUCCGGGAGAGAGUGCAGCAGCUGGAGGCCCAGGAGGGGCGCUUUGCCGAGUCCCUCGUCUCCCUGCAGUUCCAGAAGGCGGCCAGGAUGGCCAAGACGCUGUGGGCCUACACCGCCCUCCUGACCCUCCAGGACCUGCUCCUGGAGGAGCUGAGCGAGUCGGAGACCCUGACCAAGGCGGCCUGCGCACAGAUCCUGGAGUCGCACAGCCCGGAGCUCCAGGAGCUGGAGAGGAAGCUGGAGGACCAGCUGGCACACCAGGAGGCAGCCCAGCUGCAGCGGGCCCUGGCCAGCCGGCAGCAGUGGGCGGGCGAGGGGCCCGGGCUUCUGCAGGAGCCGGAGGAGACGGACUCUGAAAGGCAGGUCUCCGCGGUCCUGCGGCGAGCCCUGAGCAGGGGUCAGAAGUUACUGGAGCACCACCAGCAGAGUUUGAGAGAGGAGCAAGAGAGCAGUGUUGUGCUUGAAGACCUGCUGGAGAAUAUGGAGGCCGACACCUUUGUGACCCUGUACGGCCAGGAGCUGAGACUGGCCUCCUACCUGUCGAAGCUGACGAUGGUGCCGGGGGGCACGCUGCGCCGGCUCCUGAGCGUGGCUCUGCCCGCAGCCUCCCAGCCUGAGCUGCUGGCCGUGCUGGACUCCAUCGGCCAGAAGCAUCAGGACCACGUGGUGGAGAAUGAUGGCGGCGGGGUGCAGACCGACCUGGGCAGGAGGCGGAAACACCAGGGCUGGUGGCAGGACUUGGAGAGCAAACUUCGAGGAGAACUGAUAAGCAGAGGAUUAGAAAAGAUGCUCUGGGCUCAGGAGAGGAAGGAGCGCAUAUUAAAGAAGACGUGUCCCACUCUCAGAGAGAGGAUGGCAUUCUCUGGAAAAGGAAGUUGGCCGCACCUGUCCCUGGAGUCCGUCGGCGAACUGGCCCCAGUGCCCAUUGUAGGGGCAGAAACCAUUGAUUUAUUCAACACCGGCGAAAAGCUCUUUAUCUUCCGAAAUCCCAGGGAGCCGGAGAUCUCACUGCAUGUCCCCCCCAGGAAAAAGAAGAACUUUCUAAAUGCCAAAAAGGCCACUUGGGCCUCAGGCAUGAACUAGCCCAAAGGAGUCUGAAGACAGAUUUGCUUUCUCCUGCCCGUGUGUGUGUGUGUGUGUGUGUGUGUGUGUGUGUGUGUGUGUGUAAUGUACAACCUGCAGAUGUAAACUGCACGUGCAGAAGACACAGACACCCCCCAACCCUCGCCUUCCCUCCACGGCUCUCAGUGACUCAGUUUAAUCUGGUCUUGUGCGUUCCCAGAUGGGCCACUCUCUUCAGCAUCACAAGGGACAUGAAGAGACAGAGGCCCAGCCUGUGAACGCUGGUUGCUUUCAGUCCCACCUCGCCGAGGGUCUGGAGGAGACCCCAGCCCCCACUCACAUCCCCGCAACGUCUGCCUGCAGGUUGGGCUGUGUGUCAGAGGCCACGCUCUCCGUUCUUACGUUGUAUGUUUCUUACAUGUUCUUUUUUUAUCAAGGGAACUUCUGAAAAUAAAUGCAUUUGAUGCAAAGCUCU